AUGUGCCUCCUUUUCCCUUCCACCCUCAGCGGCGCGGUCCUGAAUUGGUUCUACAGGCUCCACCCCCGCACCAUCAACUCCUUCGAUAGUCUCAAGCAGACGUUUCUGGACCAUUUUAUGAUCCAGACUGAUCGCCUAUACUCUGCCGACGACUUGUAUAUGCUUAGGCAGGCUGAGGACGAACCCCUUCGGGAAUAUGCAGCUCGGUUCAGUCAUGAAUACUCCCGCUGCCCAGACACUGACGAUCGCGCUGCCUUAGGCGCUUUUAAGAGCGGCCUCCGCGAGUCUAACUUCCGCUACCUGGUUCAUAGCAACAGUUGGAACACAUAUGCAGAGCUGAUGAAGCAGGCGGCGGUCCAUGCUAAGGCUGAAUACUUCAAUUCCAAGCGUGGCCCAGCCAACCUGAUGCGCAACGCUUUCGCUGAUCCUCCACCUGCUUUAGCACCCGCCCCAGCCUCACCUCAGCAUUCUACCCCUGCCCCGAGUGCCCAGGAUACCCAACAACAUAAGCGGAAGGAUAGCUACCAGCAUCCCUUCGGCAAUAACAAACGUGGCAGACAUGGUAACCACCAUCAAUCUAGUGGAAGCAACCCUCCCAGGCCUGGUGAUCGGGCCCCACUUCCAUUCACACCCAGGCCCAGCGGCCAUGACACCGAGUCUUGUGUUACGUUGCGCAACAUAAUUGAAGGGCUCAUCCGGGAGGGUAAGCUGGACAACUAUGUGCGCAACAUACCAGCCCCGCCUAACCCUCACCAACGACAAAUAAACAUGAUCUCCACCAUCAGCGGAGGUCCUACCCUGGCUGGCACCUCCAACAACUCCAUCAAACAUUAUGUCCGCUCCACCUAUGCGCACCAGGUCUUCAGCACCGAGCAGGGACGAUUGCCAAAGACCCACAGGACUGGCUGGGCCCCCAUUACCUUCUGCGAGGAGGAGGAGCGUGGUGUUAUCCUCCCCCAUGAUGAUCCACUCAUUAUCCGGGCUGACAUUUCUAACUUCGACGUUGGGCGUAUCCUGGUGGACACUGGCAGCUCGGUCAGUGUGAUGUUUGCCGAGGCCUUCAAUGAACUCCAGGUCCCGCCUCACCUACUCGACCGAAGCAUCACACCCCUUGUGAACUUCUCGGGUGAUGUGGUCCAGCCCAUUGGCAGCAUUCAUCUCCCUAUCUCAAUUAGGGCCGCACCCCAGCGGACGACGAUCACUACCCCCUUCCUUAUCGUCGAUUGCCCCACAGCCUACAACGUCAUCCUCGGCCGCCCAGCCUUGGCCCAAAUGAGGGCUUUUAUUUCCACGCAUAUGCUGCUGUUGAAGUUUCCCACUCCUAAUGGCCCAGGCACGGUGCGCGGCGACCAACUCGGAGCCCGGAGCUGCUAUGCUUCAGCCGUCAAAUCCACCAAUCGCCAACAUAGGAGUGAAGCCCUAGUAGUAACCAAGGCUCCCGCCCCUCCUCAAGCUGGCACAGAACCACCUGAACACCCAAGGGAGGAGUCCAUCGCACCACAGGCCGAACCCAUGGAGGACCUGGAGCUGCUUACCCUCCAUGACGAUAUCCCGGAUCGACAAGUCCGGAUCGGCACCUCCAUCUCGCCAGAACUUCGCUCUGACCUGGUCGCCUUUCUCCGCCUCAACUCCGAAGUCUUCGCAUGGUCCUACAAUGACAUGCCUGGCAUAUCACCAGACAUCAUAUCCCAUAGGCUUAGCGUCAAUCCUGCCGUCAGACCAGUCUGA